AUGCGUCGUGUCGUUGUGACAGGCUUGGGCGCGGUCACCCCGCUGGGCGUGGCCAUGCACUGCGCUUUAGGCAACGCGAAUGCACGGCACUCUCCGCGAUGCUCUACCGAUUCCAUCCCCGGACUCGGCAGACUGACCGUAGAGCUGGUGCACCCUGGCUCCCCAAUGAGGCCGAAAAAUCGGUGGGCUGGGUCGGGGUCUCCACUCCGGCCACACCGGAAGGGGAAAGUCUUGACAGCCAAUGACGGCAUUUGCGAUGCCACCAGCUCCGCGGUCGAUCACCGCUGGGGCUUUGUUGAUGCUAUGUUCCCUGCCCGACCAGGGCAGCGCAGCCGAGAUGCCGAUGCACAGUACGGGAAUUGUCUUCGGCGCACGUGGAAACGCCUGCUGGAUGGGCAAUGCGGCAUUGUCAAUGUGAAUCAGCGCGACAAACGUUUUGCGGAAAUUCCUUGCCAGAUUGCGGCUGUUGUGCCGUCAGGAACGAAGGAAGAUGGUGGGUGGACAGCAUCAGAGUGGCUGAGUCGUGGGGAGGAGCGGAAAAUGGCUCAAUUUGCCCAGUAUGCGAUGGCGGCAACGGAGGAAGCGCUCCAAGAUGCAGGCUGGAAACCCGAGCUAUUUGAGCAGAGAGAAGCCACAGGCGUUUGUCUUGGCUCAGGUAUUGGUAACUUCGACGAGAUCUAUAAUACUGUUGUUGCGUAUGAGAAAGGGGGCUACAAAAAAGUGAACCCGCUUUUCGUUCCGAAGCUCCUGAUUAACCUUGGCGCGGGCCAUAUAUCCAUGAAAUAUGGAUUCAUGGGACCGAAUCAUGCUGCUACGACUGCCUGCACAACAGGAGCCCAUUCUAUCGGAGACGCCGCACGGUUCAUUGCAUGCGGUGAUGCCGAUGUCAUGGUUGCCGGCGGCGCCGAGUCUUGCAUUCACCCUCUAGCUAUUGGCGGUUUUGCCCGGGCACGUAGUCUAGCUACCGAUUUCAAUGAUACCCCCGAGAAGGCAUCGCGGCCAUUUGAUGCUGACCGCGCUGGCUUCGUUGUGGGAGAAGGUGCGGCGGUGCUUAUUCUCGAGGAACUGGAACAUGCUUGUGCGCGGGAUGCGCACAUUUAUGCUGAACUCAAAGGAUAUGCCUGCUCGAGUGAUGCACACCACAUGACGGCUCCCAAGGAGAACGGCGAGGGCGCAUACAUGGCGAUGAAAAAGGCUCUAAAGCAGGCCCAAUUGUCCCCCGCCGAGGUAGAUUAUGUCAAUGCGCACGCAACUUCGACCGUCGUUGGCGAUGCAGCUGAGAAUGCUGCCAUCAAGGCGCUUCUUCUCGGCCCAGAGGGCAAGCUGAAGGCUGCUGAUGUUAACGUUAGCAGUACAAAGGGUGCAGUGGGCCAUUUACUAGGAGGCGCUGGAGCAAUCGAGGCGGCGUUCAGUGUUAUGGCCAUACGAGAUAACGUCAUGCCGCCCACUAUUAAUCUCAACCGCCUGGCGGAUGGGUUCGACUGCAACUAUGCCCCAAAUGAACCGCAGGCUCGCCAGAUCGAUGUCGCUUUGACCAAUAGCUUUGGUCCACGUGACCCACCCCCAAUGCGGAGCCCCAGCCCGACCUUCGAUUUCCGGAGAGUGAUAGGAACAAGAUCGCAUCGAAUCUCCUCUGGUGCGACUCAAAUCCAACUGAAAGUGCCAGAGAGUACACCGCUUAUUCAAGGGCCUGAAAUACCCACGCUCAUUAUGGCGACCAACGGCGACUCCGGUCGAGGUAAGCCACCACCUGAAUCAGUCGGAGCGCGACCGGGAAACGUCGCGCUCCGUCGGACAAAGAGGCAAAGGGUAUCCGGGAGCUUGGUCGAUGCAUCGGGCUACAAGUUCACCGAGAAAGAUACCAAGCCGGGCAAGAUGAAGGUUAAAAAGACGUCCAAAGCGUCGACUAAGAAGAAGGCCGAUGAUGCGAAAGAUGGCCCCGUCGAUACCUCACCCACGUCCUCACCCUUGCCUAAGCUAGACAACAAGAUUGCUGCCUCUUUCCCCACCGGCAAACCUCGUGAACAUGAUCUUCUCGAGACUGUUAUCUGCAAGCAUUGCAAGCGCCCUGUCUUGAAAUCCACCGCCGCUGAACACAUCCGCGGCUGCUUAAAGGCUAAGCAGGAGAAGGCGCGCAAGAAGAAGGAAGCGCGUGACGCAGCCAAUCGCGCCAAGGUAGUCGACGACAAAGAUGAGGAUGGCCGCGACAAGCUCGAUGGUGAUGAUGCGAUGAAGGGUCAGAAGAGCGCUAAGAAGAGCGCCGUCAAGGGCACCGAGGACGGCACGAAGAAAGGCAAGAAGCGCAAGGCCGACGAAGAUGACAAUAAGGAGCCGAAGAAGAAGAAAAAGAAGGACGAGCCCAAAGCGAAAACCGCGAAGCCCAAGGGCCCUGUCGAUGUGGAGAAGCAGUGUGGUGUUACCCUGCCCAAUGGUGCACAGUGCGCUCGUUCGUUGACGUGCAAGAGUCAUUCGAUGGGUGCAAAACGUGCUGUCCCUGGCCGUUCUUUGCCUUACGAUAUGUUGCUCCAGCAAUACCAGAAGAAAAACCAGGCCAAGCAGCAGAGGGCUGCCAUUGAUGCCAACGCACCGCUACCUGAUGAGAUUGAUACCAAUGGUCCUGUUGAUUCGGAUGAAGAGAGAGAUACUGUCAUGGCUGCGAUUGCCCGAUCUGCUCCCAGGCCGCUUGUCGAACAUACUCUCAUCAGCUCUAAGUCCAAGUACCGAUUUGUCCGCAUCAAAGAGCAGAUGCUGCAUGCUAUCGGAGGUCGCGGGGGUGGUAGCCUCUUUGCAACCGACGAUAGUCAAUCUUUGUUUGGCGGAAGCAUCUUCCAACCAUUUGAUACGAACCUAGUUCCAUCUUCGUCUCCCAUCGUCCCUACUGGAGAGAAUGCCGAUGCGACUGGAGAUGCAGCCCGGAAAACCCCAGUGCAGACUACCCGGAAGACCCCCGUUGCUGCAGCUUCUUGA